GUAAAAAUAAUAAUUAGAAACAUGUAGCCGACUAGCCCCACAUACUUGGCUUAGGUUUGAUUCUUUGCCUGUACAUGAAUCAUCCUUGAAGUUCUCAUGAAGUCAUUCUCAUUCUUUUAUGCCUUUUAAUUAUUGUUUUGGACUUGAUUUGUCCUGGUUUACAUUAUCUUAAUAACAUUUUCGUAGUAUUAGCCUCCUGUUUCUCUUCAUUGUACAUUUUUCACAGAAACCAUGUCUCGUCGAGAAACCAACCCUCACUUUUCUAGACCACUGCGACCUCAGCAUGAAGAUCAAAUGCAACCACCAAUUUCAAUAGUGCCACACGAACACCACCGUGGCCAACCACCAAUUCCAACAGUGCCACACCAACACCGCCGUGGCCAACCACCCAUUCCAACAGUGCCACACCACCCCCGUGGCCAACCAUCCAUUCCAACAGUGCCACCCCAACACCAUCAUGGCCAACCACCUCUUCCCGUAGCAGCACCUAUACAAGAUGUAUCUCAUCAUCCCCAACCUCAUUUUCCAUUGCCACACCAUCAUGAAGAUCAUGUUCCAUUGCGUGCAGAUCAUGAUAGUCGUUUUCCCCUUCACCUUGAGCAAGAAGAUCAUCACCAACCACCUAGUUUACAAGUUCCACGCAAGGGAAACCGCAUCAGCCAACCACCGCGUGGAGGCUCGCGCAAAAAGCAUCGAGAUCAAGAUCUUCGGCCAGGCAAAUCAAGGGUAAAUUUUCAAGAGCCAUCAGUAAUACCACCACCGCUUGAUCACCCUCCUGAGCCUCGGCGGCAAUUGACACCGCACCAAGAGCGGCGUCAUGGUGGUAUAAGGUUUCCUAAAGAACAAAAAUCACCACCUUUAACUUGGAUGGGCGCUUGCUUGUGUGUAAUAUUUUGGCUUAUCAUUAUCAUAGGAGGCAUAAUAGUCCUCAUAGUGUACUUGGUUUUUCGUCCACAAAUUCCACAUUUUGAUGUGUCUAGUGUCACCCUAAAUGCUGCAUACCUUGAUGUUGGUUAUCUACUCAAUGCUGAUUUAACUAUGCUGACAAACUUCACAAAUCCAAACAAAAAAGUGCAUGUGGAUUUCAGCUCAGUGAUCAUUUAUCUGUACUAUGGAAGCACCCUUAUUGCUACUCAAUAUGUUGAGCCUUUCUCAGCUGCAAGGGUUCAAUCAAGAUUUGCAUAUAUUCAUAUGGUCACUAGUCAAGUUCAGUUGCCAUUAAAUGAGGCACAGAGGCUUGUGAAACAAAUGGAAAGCAAUGGCGUUUUGCUUGAAGUGAGGGGGGUUUUCAGGGCAAGAUCAAAACUAGGAACCAUCUUAAGGUAUUCAUAUAACCUUUAUGGCCGUUGCAGUAUCAUGGUGGCACGCCCUCCUGAAGGGAUAAUGAUGAAAAGGAAGUGCAGAACGAAACGCUGAUAUGGUAACACUUAUAUUGUAACAUUGGUAUUCUUUUUUGUCCUUGAAAAUUUGGGGGAUUUUGGUUUUACUAUUUUGCCUAUUCCUCCUACGAAUAACAUCUUAAGGAGUUAACAUUUAAAUUUUAAUUCAUGAACAUGUAGUUUUUCUUAAACUACAAACUUGUAUCACAAUUUUUUCUGCGCUAGAAUAAUCACAGGUUAUCACAUUUAUUAAUACUGAUAACGGUUUCCUAAUUCAUUUAAAGAAAACAGCUUCUUAAGGACUCGUUAUUUUGAAGUUUUAAAUUCCAAUGAUGUGUAUGAUUGUUCCUGUAAAACUUAUGAAAAUAAGCUGAAAAUAGUUUAUGAAUGUGCCAUAAGCUGUUUUUACAAGUUCUUUCAAAUAGUUCACAAGUUCUUAUGCCAGUAGAUAGAUUCUCAAAUUCAUGUUUAGAGAUUUAUAUAAUUUAAUUUUAGGUAUUUAUCAUACACCACACGGGCCAGCUUGUCAGCAAGAUUUGUCUUAUACAUGCUAUUUACAUUGCACCAAACAGAAGAGAAAAAUAUUGUCCCAAC